AUGCAAACCAGACAAAAACACCACUUUGGGGUUAGCGCCUCCAGGCGUUCACCAUGGCUAAAAAAGAGAAAGGCCGGCGGUCGCCCGGCGACCAAGAGCGAAGCCCCUGCGCGCACAAAGUUCGAUAUUGAGGAGCGUUUCGACGAUUCGGAAGACGACUUCCAGACUGGCCGGGAUCACAUCUUCCUGGAUGAGGCGCCAGAUGCGAAGCGCCGGCGGAGACUAGCCGAGCAAGAGGAUAUGUUUCAACCUUCCGACGAAGAAAUUCUGGGCUACGAAUCCGUUGAUGAAGAUGAGGACGAAGGCGACCUCGAAGGCGAAGAAGACUACGAGGAUGAUUACGAUGAUAUGGGUCAGCCGAAGCGAAAGGACGGGGCCGACUCGGACGAGGAGGAGGACGGAAUUGCAGCCUGGGGUUCAUCAAAGAAGGAUCUCUAUAAUGCCGACCAGAUCGAGACCGAAAACGACGCUCUCGAAGAAGAGCAAGAAGCCAAGCGACUACAACAGAAGCAACUCCAGGCCAUGGAAGAGGCUGAUUUCGGGUUUGACGAGUCUGAGUGGGCGGACACCAAGGACGACGAAGCCGAGAAUGCUGGAGACGUUACUGAAGUGCUCCCCCAGCUUGAAAUCACCGAGGACAUGGGAACCGAAGAAAAGUUGAAGAUUCUCAAGUCACGAUACCCCGAAUUCGAGCCUUUGGCUAAGAAUUUCCGCGACUUGCAAGCCACUUACAAGGAACUAGAGGAAGAGGCAUCGAAAGCCAAGAAAACCAACAACCAAGACGCGGAUGAACCCCAGCCGGCUCCCGUGGCGGUAAUCAAACUGCGUGCUUUGUCCGCAUACCUGGGUACUAUCGGCAUGUACUUUAUGCUCUUGGCUUCAUCUUCGGAUGGGACAAGCGGCAGCGUCUCUAUGUCCCCUGCCGAACUCCGACAACAUCCCGUUAUGGGAUCUCUUGUUAAAUUCCGCAAGCUUUGGGACAAGGUCAAAAACGUCCAGGCCCCAGAGGUUGUUGAGAUGAUUGAAGAGCCUGAGGUGGCUGAGCCUACUACCAAGACGGAGUCCGCAAAGGCCCAGAAGCAGGCUACCAAGGCCAAGGAGGCCGCCAAAUCGAAGAAGCUGAGCAAGGCCGAACGGGCUACUCUGGAAGCCCGAGCCGAGGCCGAGGCCCGUCGUGCCGAGCGUCUCCGCGAGACUGAGGCUGGUCUGGCUGACCUUGACGACCUGGUCACCCAGCCUGCUCAGAAGCGCAAGACCAAGAAGACUAAGAAGCCUUCCAAGGACGACGACGAUUCCGACUUCGGUGAUGAGGGUGCCCUGACAGCUCGCGAGGCCGAAGAAAAGGCUAAGCAGAAGCGUUCCCUUCGUUUCUACACCUCGCAGCUGGCUCAGAAGGCCAACAAGCGGCAGAAUGCCGGUGUUGAAGCAGGUGGUGAUGCAGAUAUCCCUUACCGCGAGCGUCUGCGGGAUCGCCAGGCCCGACUUAACGCCGAGGCCGAGAAACGUGGUCGUGAGAAACCCGACAUUGGCGAAGAAUUGGGUGGUGACAGUGAUGAGGAGGACCUACGUGUGCGCAAUGAACUCCGGAAGGGUAACGAAUCCGGCACCGACGAAGACGAAUACUACGAUAUGGUCGCUGCCCGAAACAAGUCACGCAAGGACGACAAGAAGGCGCGCGCGGAUGCAUAUGCCGCUGCGGCUGCCGAGGGUGGCCACGUCGAGGUGCAGGAGGAGAUUGGACCCGAUGGCAAGCGUGCGAUCACAUAUCAGAUCGAGAAGAACAAGGGUCUUACGCCGAAGCGGAGUAAGGAUUCCCGUAACCCGCGUGUCAAGAAGAGAAAGAAGUAUGACGACAAGAAGAAGAAGCUUGGCAGUAUCAAGCAGAUCUACAAGGGCGGUGAGAGCCGUGGUGGCUAUGGUGGUGAGCUUACGGGUAUCAAGAAGAAUUUGGUCAAGUCGGUCAAGCUCUGA